CACUUCACUACAGCGGUACUAGCUACACUGCCAGCCGUCGUGCACUGCAGUCGUUCGCGCUAUGCAAACAGGACCGCACGAGGGAGUGCCCACACAACAUGUCUACCGUACUAAGAGCACUGUUCGCGACUGUAGUAGCCUGGGCCGUGUACAUAGCCGCCGCUAAGAACAUCAGUAAAGCCGUGGUUGUGGAGAGAUGCGGGGAGUUCCAGAUCUCGCCGCUAUGUGAUCCGUACAAGGCCCUGACUGACAGAGAGGUGUCGCGAGUACUUGACUCGAUCGCAGUGAUAGAAGAUGCGCUAACGCAGACGUACUCGGCAUGUAAGAACUACGGAGGUGUUCAGAUCGCGGCCGUGGUACUGGACAACCAGCCGACAGACUGGGAGAAGGACCUCGGACCACGGCGGAAGGCGAAAAGACUCGCCAAGGAAAUCGGCGAGAUCAGAUACCCCGAUAACUUGAACUGUGGCUAUGCCGUCAUCUUCUCGUUCGAGGAGCCUGUGGUUGGCGUGUUCAGCUCCAGUGAUCUGGAUCAGAGUCCGGAGAUCUGCGAUCACCUGCCGAUCAUGAACAAGAAGCUGAAGAUCAGCCUGAGGCUGAAGGACGCGGGGCGUGGGGACGCCAUCAUCCACUCACUCAAGGAGCUGCAGCAGUCCGUCAGCGACGAUUUUUCCGCGCACAAAGACGUGGUGAAGGUGUGCGGCGACCCGGCGGGACCAGACGUGUGUGACCCCGUGUCUAUCCUGGAGGAGGACAGCACGGAGAGAGUGGAGGACGCCGUCACAGCCACCCAGAGGGCGUUGUCUGAUGACAGUUGCCGGGGUAACAGCGACAAGGGCGGGUUCGCCGUGGUGGUGGUGGUCGUGCCCAACCUGCCGGACAGCAAGUUUCCCGGCAUCCCGCGCGCCAGGGCGAAGAAGCUCGCCAUGGACAUCGCCAGCAGCAGGUUCAGGGACAACCCGGAAUGUGGAGUGGUGACGGUGUUUUCCAUUAACGAGGCGGCCGCUGCAGUCUCGCUCACCAGCGCCAUCCCGGGGAAGACGGUGGAACUGCAGUCUAAGAUGAGCCUGUACCUGGCAGACUUCAGCCUGGAGGAGGCUAUCGUCACGGCGCUGGAUGACGUCAGGACUGCUCUCUCUCCUGCCGUUCUGCAACAAAAACAACAGAAGCCGGUCCCCGCAGCUAAGAAGGAGGCCUCCAACCGGGUUGUCAAGCCGCCCACACACAUGAAACGUCAUCACUAUGUGGCGCCCCCAUUGGCCAGUAGGAUGGUGCAUGCGCAGUACAGCAGCUAUAGUGGCUUCAACGACGUGGGGUAUGUUUCUCACCAGGACCCUCCCAUCACGUCCACGGCUAUCCUCCUGCUGCUGGUAGGCCUCCUACUGACUGUCAUCAGCGCUGCAGGCAUCUCCUUCUACUGCCACGUGGUCAGAAGAAGACGCUAAACCCCGCCCAGCUAUGUACAUAAAACUGUUGCAAGUGACGCAUUAUCUUAAAGGUAUCCAAAGUAAUUUCAUUGUUUCAUACUUGAAACAUUUGAAAUAGCCCCAAAACAAGCGACAUGAGACAUCUCUGUAUCAUUGGGUACCGCCCGUAAAUAGCUAGAA